CGAAGGCAGUGAUCCGGUCCCUCUUCUCGAUCGCGCCGCCGAUUUUACACGUGUUGUCGUUGUUUAGAAGCAACAUCAACACAAAAAUUGCGAAAAAACGUGUAUAAAAAUCACAAAAUAUAACAAAAAAAUACCAAAAAAAUCUGUAAAACUUUUAAAAUCGUAAAAAAAUCGCGAAACGGUAGGUUUAGUCAAGCAAAGUUAACGACUUGAGAAACGUAAAAAACCGAACGCCAUAUUGUUGAGCAAAUACUCGAGGAAGUAAAGGGAUACAGUACAAAAACAGGUCAGCGUUUGAUUAUCUUAAUUUGUGAACCGAUCGAAACAACAAUAUCAACAACAUGCAGACCGCAGGAGGACCACAGAGCUACCCGAUGGCGUCCCUGUACGUGGGAGACCUACACCCAGACGUGACAGAAGCCAUGUUGUUUGAGAAAUUCUCAACCGCCGGACCUGUCUUGUCAAUCCGUGUAUGCCGCGACAUGAUCACCAGGCGAUCGCUGGGAUACGCGUAUGUGAACUUCCAACAGCCUGCUGAUGCUGAAAGAGCAUUAGAUACCAUGAACUUCGACACAAUCAAAGGUCGCCCAAUCAGAAUCAUGUGGUCACAGCGAGACCCCUCUCUCAGAAAGUCUGGAGUUGGUAAUGUUUUCAUCAAGAAUCUGGACAAGUGCAUUGACAACAAGACGCUUUAUGACACAUUCUCUGCAUUCGGAAACAUCCUAUCAUGCAAGAUCGUUUCAGAUGAGCAGGGCUCCAGAGGCUAUGGUUUUGUGCACUUUGAGACAGAGGAGGCUGCCAGAAAUGCCAUUGAGAAAGUCAAUGGCAUGUUGCUCAACCAGAAAAAAGUCUUUGUUGGUCGGUUUAUGAAUCGCCGCGAACGUCUUGAACAGAUGGGAGACAAGAUGAAGAAGUUCAACAACGUUUACAUCAAGAACUUCAGCGAAGAUGUCGAUGACGAAAAACUGAAGGCCUGGUUUGAGACUUAUGGGAAAAUCAUCAGUGCAAAGGUCAUGAUUGGCUAUGAUGGCAAGAGGCGUGGCUUUGGAUUUGUGUCCUAUGAAGAACCAGAGGCUGCAGAGUUGGCUGUAACAGAGAUGAACAACAAAGAGGUGGAUGGAAAACUGCUUUAUGUGGGCCGGGCCCAGAAGAGGACUGAGCGCCAGGCUGAACUAAAAGACAAAUUUGAUCGCAUCAAGCAGGAGCGCAUGAACAGAUACCAGGGUGUGAACCUGUACGUGAAGAACUUGGACGACACCAUAGACGAUGAGAGACUGAGAAAAGAGUUCUCCCAGUUUGGUACCAUCACCAGCGCAAAGGUGAUGGUGGAGGCUGGUCUCCAAGGGUUUGGCUUUGUGUGCUUCAGCUCGCCCGAGGAGGCCACCAAGGCAGUCACAGAGAUGAACGGUCGUAUUAUCGUGGCCAAGCCCCUGUACGUGGCGCUUGCCCAGCGCAAGGAGGAUCGCAAGGCUCACCUCGCCUCACAGUACAUACAGAGGCUUGCCAGCAUGAGGAUGCAGACUCAGCAGAUGGGUCAGAUGAGGGCUGGACCCCGCUGGCCAAAUGUCAUACCCGCAGCACCCGCUGGAGCCACAGGUUACCAACAGGGUGCCAGACCGGGCUUCAACCAGUACCCAGCCGGCAGCAGACCUCAGGACGCCCUCACGGCCUCGAUGUUGGCCGCUGCCCCACCCCAGGAGCAGAAGCAGAUGCUUGGAGAGCGACUGUUCCCACUCAUCGCGCGCAUGCACCCCGAUCUCGCGGGUAAAAUCACCGGCAUGUUGCUGGAGAUUGACAACUCUGAGCUCCUGCACAUGCUUGAGUCUACGGAGUCACUGAAGGCUAAGGUGGAGGAAGCCGUUGCCGUGUUACAGGCCCAUCAGGCCAAGGAGGCCGCAGCCAAUCAGGCGGCCAGCAACGCUGCCAUUAAGAAGGAGUAGCUGAUAGUUGUGUCCCUAGAGCUGUGUUCUACACCUCGCCAGCUAAACAGAGAUAUGAGUUAAAAUGGGUUUUAUUAAACUUUUAUCUAAAAUAUGGAAAUGUUAACAUCACUCCAGUGAAAAGUAAAAAAAAAUGUAUAUACGCAAAACAACAACAGGGCGUCGGCAUAUAUUUGUUUCAAUAAUCAAACAGCAAUAAAAACUUAUUGAACAUUUUAUCAUCAAAGGACACAACUGGAUACAGAUAUAAGUUUUAAAGUCAUGUUUUGUUAAAUAUUCAUUUUGCAUUAAUGACUUUCACAUUUAUUGUAACCUGUAAAUGUUGCUGCGUUUUGAAUGAAAUUUGUUGCAAUUUGUUAUCAGUGACGGUUAAUUUGCUUGUCUUGACUUUACAUUUCAUUGCAUUCAUAGUGUUUGAAAGACAUUUUGGUUAAGUGAUUGUCAUGAACAAUUGUUGACAUGGAAAGAUUUGCAGUAGGGAAUGUUGAAUGACAUGUAAAGUUAUGUUUACCACCAUUCGCGUUAUUGAAUAUGCAUAGUUAAAAUCGUGUGAAUAUUUUUGAACAAUUGUUGCUGCAUGAUUAUCAUCAUUUUAAAAAGUUGCAUAAAAAUAACAACAUGAAGCAAGUGUUCAAAAAUAUACAACCAAAAAAAUCCAAGCUUUGAAAAAUGUUUGUAAACAAAAUCUCGUUAACGAUCACUUUCCUUGUUAUUAUUUUAAAAAAAGAGUAAAAAUGCAAAAAAAAAGAGUAAAAUAUUUUAAAUGUGAACACUAACCAAACUGUUAUGUAACUGAAAACCUUGUUAAAAUGUAACUGCAGUAUUUUUAAAUGUUAAUGUUGUGUUAAGUAUGUUUAAGUCACAAUAAGUUACUUGAGAAGAGGGGUCAAUGUUAAAGAUGUGAACAAAUGUUUACUGAUAGUUUUUUUAUUAUAUUUGGGAAAGUGAUGCUAUCGACAAACUUUGUUUACAACGAUUCUGAUUUUUUUUAUUUUUUGGGGAAAAUACUGUUUAAAUACUUUAGAAAAUACAAUAAAAGUUCAAUGGUUA